AUGGACACCUCGAGGCAUCUACAUCUCGUGGUCGCCGAGCAAGAGGCCCUGCUGCUUGGUCCGAAAGACGGUCGGCGCGGAAUAGAAAAGAAUAGAAUAAAAGUCUCAUACAAAAGACGUGACUGGAGGUCCUACCUCGCGGAGGAGACCGACGACGACGAGUCGUCCCGCCCGCUGCCGCUGCGGGGGUGGUCGUACCGCACCGUCAGCUACGUUUGUGCCAACCACGCCAACAACAGCAUGCUUUCCGCUCGUGCUUUGAGACUUGUGGUUUGUGGGAAAUGUUCAGAGUUUCGUGCUCGCCUUUCGUACGACAACAACCGCACCAACCGUGUUUGCAUCGACUGCCACGCCAUGCUGGUGGGGGCGUCGCCGUCGCCCGCCCUGCUGAGCAGCAGCAGCCAGAGGAGGCGCUCCAUCCUGGAGAAACAGGCCUCCCUGGCAGCGGAGCACAGUGUGAUUUGUAGUUUUUUGCACCACAUGGAGAAAGGGAGUGGGCGCGGCUGGCAGAAAGCCUGGUUCGUCGUCCCGGAGAACGAGCCGCUGGUGCUCUACAUCUACGGAGCUCCACAGGAUGUGAAGCGCAGCGCAGCGUUCCUCUGAUUGGCUUUGAGGUCUCCCUCCCCGAGUCAUGUGACCGCCUCGAGCGCCGCCACGCCUUCAAGAUCUCCCAGAGUCACCUGACGCUGUUCUUCAGCGCCGACUGUGA